UUUCAAACAGAAAACUUUAUAUAAAAUAUAAUAAUAAAUUUCUAUAAAAAUGUGUCGUUCAUUUAUAAUGAAACACGAAAUAGCUUAAAUCGGUAUUUGCAGAGUCAACUAAAAAAUCAUUUUCGACGUAGAAUACUUUAUGAAAGUCUUUAUGAAAGUUACUUUCGCACACACACUUGAAAAGGCAGAGGCAGUUUUAGAGGAAAUACUACUAAAAUACUACAAUAAUAAAUGCAUACUGACUUACUUACAUACAUUUAAAAAUACAUUGAUAUAUAUAACGGGGAAAGCAUCUGACUUGCUGUCAGCAACACCAACGAACCAACAGCAGCUCUCACAAUUGUAAACGGCGUCGUACGUUUUACGUUGAGUGUUUUUCGGCCACGUCUAAAAAAAAUUUUUUUUUCUUCUACGUCGCAGAUUAUCUUUAGCCUUGCUUAAGUUCGUGUACAUUGAUUGUCUGCAUUUUUCUCUGUUCAAACACUUUCUCAUAAAAAUGCAAAGAACAAAUAGAAUUUAAACAAUUUACCAUUUUGUUGCAAAGCGAGUACAAAAAAGGACAAGUAUUAAAAGGCCUCGGAUCGCGCAGGCUAUAUGCAAGCCUUUUUCACAUGACAGCAAACCUCUUAAUUAAUUGAUGAAUAUUUAAAAGAUAUCUUCGGUACGUGCAAAGUGAAAAUAAAAACUUUCGUAACGCAAGAUAUCCAUCCAAUUAUAAUAAUUUCAACUUACAACAUACAUAAAGCUUGUACUCAUGUAAUAAUCGUGAAACAUGUAAAUUCAUUUACCGGAGAGUCUUCUAUACAUGCAGUUAGAAACAAUAAGCCACCGCUUUUUGAUUAUAUUUAUAUACAUACGUACACAUUUUCUCAGACAAUCUAAAUAUUUGCAACUUGUAUCUGUCCAGAACGUAAAGAACUGACUGUAUUCUAUACUACUACUCUACUACUCUACUACUACUACUACUACAACUACUACUAGUACUAUCUAUUACGAACAAAAACAACAUAAUAUACUCAAAUCAUAAAUUUCACAGCGAUUUACACCUUUAAGCCACAAACACAAUAUAACAACGAGAAUAAGAGCAACAAAAUCAAACACUUGGAAAUUAAUCUGCACAAAGAAUAAAUCGAGUAUAGAAAGAAAACUACCAACCAACGUUAGCGGAAAUAGUAGAACAGUAGAGCACGAGAGAGAGAGAGAGAGAGAGUGAAAUAGAUAGACAGAGUAGAACAAACUCAGGCGUAGAGGAUAAUAACACUAGUGUUACAGUAACAGUAGCGGUGAAGAUGGUAUUAAUGAAGCUGAUGAUGAUUUCUCAAGGAUAAAUAAUUCUGAUGAAUAAUUGAGCAUUCAGUGCAUCAUAUAAAACGUAUUAGAAUAAAAUCAGAAAGAAAGAAAUAAAAAACAAAGGAGGAAAAUGUCGAGUCUAUUGUUUAUGGACGAAUCGAAUGGUAACAGUAUGUAUGCUACGACAGCGACAAGAACGGCGCCAAAUGCGAAUGCGAAUGCGAAUGCGAAUGCGAAUGCGAAUGCGAAUGCAACUAACAACAAUAACACUAACAUCAAUAACAUCAACAUUCACAAUAAUAACAAUAAUUUAAAUGCGAAUAUAAAUAGUAUGUCAAACAAUAGCAUCAACAAUAUCAUGACGGCUGCUUCAAGUGCAGCAGCAGCAGCGCCCGCCUGCCUACCUACAACUGCCUCAAACGAGGAUCUUAGCCAAAGUCUUUCCGAAUAUACGGACGCCGAUGAAAGCAUAUCAGCACCAACUGAAUUUCUGGCCGAAUUUCUCUCGGCUGUCAUGCUCAAGGAUUAUAAAAAAGCUUUGAAAUACUGCAAACUGAUUUUACAAUACGAGCCGAACAACGGCACAGCAAAAGAGUUUUAUCCUCUGAUUUUGGAUAAACUACGAGGCACUAAUUCGAGUGAUAGCGAUGAGAAUUAUAAUAAAUCUUCCUCUUCGCCGGAAUUAAUAUUGGAGGCACCUUCUACGGAUCCCUCAACGGGCGAAAGUGAUGGAGCAGAGGUGCCGCUAGAUGGACAAUCGCCUGCACGUAUGAUGCAUGUUAAUCUGACUGUAGGUGACAUUGACGAUAGUUAUGGUGUACAUGAAGACAAUUCCUCAGGUGCGGAUCCCAAUUCAAAUUUAAAUAGUAGCAGCUGCAGUGGCAAUGAAGAAGGCGAAGCCCCUGGCAUUAGCUGUAGCUCAGCAGGCGGCAGCCUAAGUGACUCAGCCGAAGAUAACGACGACGCGGAAGACGUAGACGAUAUAGACGAUGAUGAUGAUGAUGAUGAUGACGAUGAUGACGAUGAUGACGAUGAUGAUGAUGUAGAUGAUGAUGAUGAUGAAGACAUUAUCAGCAGUAGCGGCGACGAUUUACCCGUAGACGAGCAACAAAUUAUAAUAAGUGAUGCCUUGGAACUUGAAUCUUCGGCUAACGCUGGCUGUGGCAUGAUCGCUAAUAUAUCAAAUUCGUCCCGAAACUCUUCAAGCGCCGACAAAGGUGCUAGCAGUCGUAGCGAUAAUACCACUCAUUCUUAUUCAAGUCUUUUGCUUUUCGAAGAAGAAGACGAUAUUGUGCCCACAAAUUUACAUUUUCUUAAAGAUUUAAACACACCCGAUCUAGAUGUCAGUAACGGCAAUAAAUUACCCUCCACCUCGUGCAGUGAUUCGGAAUCACCUACAGAACCUCUAACACAAAGAUUGGCAGCUAUUUUACGUUCAAAAUGUGGCGUUGGGCAUGCAGAAGUUUAGAUUUAUUCCCGAUUCGCGAGAUUUAAACACACAUACACACACACACGCACACACGCACACACGCAAUCCGAGCAUUGAUUCAUAAUUCUUAUUUAACUAAACUUUUAAAGAAUCAAAUUCUAUAAUCAAUCUCUAUCUAUCUAUCUAUCUAUCUAUCUAUCUAACUAUCUAUCUAUCUAACUAUCUAUCUAUGUAUCUGUCACAAUCUUUCUCUUUAACUCUUAUAUACAUAUAUUUAUAGAUCUGUAAUUUAAUCUAUUUAUUCAAAGCUAACUAUGAAUGUAAUGUUGUGUGUUUGUGUUAUGAUAUGCAACCUUAGAAUUUUUCUAAUCGCUUAUUUUUAGAUAUAUUUUUAUCUAGCAACACAAAUUGCACUAACAAACUAUGCAUGCACAUGUGUACGUACGUACGAUACGUACGCAAAUGAAUGCAUUAAAGUAUGUAUGUCUUAUAAACAUUAUAAAAGAAAUUUAGUGAGCUUAUUAUUAUCAGAUAAUAAUUUAGUAAACAGAUUAUUAAUAUAAUUAUUAAAUUACGUAUGUGAAAUUCAAUUUACGUUUAUAAUUUGUACAACUUAAGACAUGAAUACAUGCAUAAGGCACAUCAGAGGAAGGACACCAAUCAAUAUCUCAGAACAUUUUAAUGACUUAACUCUCGUCUAAGUUCGCUUCGUAUACUUCUUAUCGGAAAGCCAAUUGCAUUCCUCACGGAGUACAUUCUUCUUAAGGAUAAACAGCAGAAGCAAUGUAACUCAAUGAUAUCCUUCCGUGUUGGCCUCAUUUAUUUCCUUUUCUUUUUUUUUUGUUUAUUUCAUAUUCAGUUGAGAAAAAAUCUCUUCCCAUCGAACAAUUUCCGGGGCGGACGUACAAAAGUCCGAAAUUUUUCAUAUUCUAUUAUUCGAUAUGAUACAAGAGCUUGCUUGCUGAUGGCCGAUAGAAGAACAUAUCCUACACAACGCAUUGAACAUUGAAGUUUUAUUUAAAUAAAGCAAAAAUUGAUCAACUUAUGCAUGUAUGUAUAGACAAGUUAUAAAUUUAAUAUUU